CUUUAACUUACAACAAGAAAUGGUAUUUACUUCACCUGUUGCUCUUGAUUCUUUGAGGCGAUCGUCAAAUAAAAAAGUUGAUGACCAAGCUUUUGAAUGGUAUAACAAAUAUCAUUGGAUUGUUGACGAAAUUCGAAAAUAUCAAGAUGAAGUUAAAAGAAUUGAAAAAGAGUAUGCUGUUAAGAAGAAAAUUGUUGUAAGGCCUCGUGAUAAUCGUACAGUAAGACCAUUCCCCGAAACAACAAAUCAAAUGUAUGGAUGGUUAGUACAAAAGCCAGAAUUCAAAUUAGAAAAAUAUGGACCAGAUUUACAUCCAAAAAGACCAUUCCUUCCCCCGGACUAUUGGGACGAAUAUGAAGAUAAUAAAAAUACUAUGUAA